AUGUCGUCCUUCUCCAAUUACCCGAUGACUGCCAACUACUACGGUCAAGAGUCGGCCGGCACAAGUUCAUCAGCAAUAUAUCUCCCACCGGAUACCCAGAGUGGUGAGGAAUAUGAUGGAAAUGAGGCGAAUAUCUACUCAUCGGAGUCAUAUAUGGACAUGGGGGACUCUAAUGCGUACGGAAAUAAUCAUUACGGGUACUCUGGCGAUGAUGAAAUCGAUGCGCAAAGCGGCGCAGAACAAGAUGACUACCUAAACACCGACCAGUCCCGCGUGGAUGAGAAUUCGGUACAACAACCGUCGCGUGAUCCACCAGAAGGCGAGGAUGUCGAUGCAGACGAUGACGAUGGAGACCCGGGCGGCGUGGCCUUGGACGACAUAGGCCUUCCAUUGGUUAGCCAUGUUGGCCCAGGAGAGUAUACCAGUGGGGAGGAGGAUGACUACGACGAGCAGGACGAUCUGGCUGGAAUGAACGACACGGACAGCACCUUCUACAUCAACCCGAACAUUAUGAGCUUCGCCCUGCUGCCUGACAACCUCGAUGCCCCCGUUCCAAUGCCCCCUAAUGAUGUUGGCAACGUCCCUUCCGCAGUACCCAACCCUCCUGCUUUCACAGGAGCGUUGUAUACAGCGCCGUUCCAUCUACCCCCCGCAAUGCCGCCGCAGAUGUCACCAUUGACGGUUGGGUCGCUCAACUUGGGUCUGUGGGAGUUCCUGUACAAUUGGUCGCUGGCAAACGCGAACUACAAGGCGCGGUCUUCGCUUAGCCCGCGGCUGGACAAGGUGCAGGAGCUGGCCAAGAAUGAGGGGACGCCUCAGCGGGUCGAUUACGCUGAUCUCCAAGGAGACAAAUGUGACUUCCAGGGUAUCAAUUGGGUCGAGCUGGGGAUUGAUAGGACUUGGGCUCGGGAGAGGAGGUUGAACACGUACAAGAACUAUGUUAACGUGCCGGGGUCAGAUCGGUGGAAUCCCGGUCUCCCUGAUCUCCUUCUCCCGCGAGCCGACAGCUUUUUCCGCUUCCGGAGGAUGUACAUCCGGCAGAAUGUGCACCUAGCACACUUUCAGCUGCGCAACCUCCUAGCUGCGACCUCUCGAGCACGCGUAUUCUACCCAAUCCUGGGUGCUGUCCAGCAAUUCAACCCCCUCUCCAACACCACACGCAAUAUUAUGCGCCUGAACGAAGCCCCUCCGGCACAAAUCUCUGCCAUGGAUGCUGCCUAUGGCGUCCUCGUAGCUGGUGGCUUCAACGGCGAGUACGUCCUGCGCCAUCUUGACACUGAUGAGCCCGAGUCGACUGCUUGCCACGAGGGUAUCAUUACCACCAGCGUUAGCGGUAUAACGAACCACAUCGCGAUCCAACUCGGUCGGUCUUCCUCGCCCAGCAACCCCCGUGCUGCCUUCGCCUCCAACGAUACGUGCUUCCGCAUUCUGGACCUCGCCACUGAGACAUGGCUCCAGACCGAGAAAUUCGACUACGCCAUUAAUUGCACGGCCCUCUCCCCCGAUCGUCGUCUGCGUGUGCUUGUCGGCGACGAACGUGACGUCCUCAUCACCGCUGACGAGCCCCGCUCGGAUGGCACACCCAAUAUCCUCUACAAACUCCCUGCUCACCGCGAUUUCGGCUUCGCCUGCGACUGGGCCGACGACGGCUGGACGAUUGCGACCGGUUUCCAGGAUAAGACUGUCCAGAUUUGGGAUGCCCGCCGGCUGGUCGACUCGCGGGGCAGUCCUCAACCAGUAUGUGUCCUGCGCUCUGAAAUGGUCGGCGUCCGCUCGCUCAAGUUCAGCCCCGUCGGCUCGGGUCCAAGGGUCCUUGUUGCCGCAGAGGAAGCCGACUUCAUCAACAUCAUUGAUGCGCGCUCGUGGCGGUCCAAGCAGAUAUUUGAUGUGUUCGGGGAGCUGGCAGGCACUGUCUGGGUUGAUGGUGGACAAGGGUUGUAUGUGCUGUGUGCGGAUCGGCACAGGGGCGGGAUCAUAUAUUUGGAAAGGUGCUACGGGAGUGUUAGGGGGCUGGAGCAGAAUGGUGUGCCCGAGGACGGGAUGGUGUGGGAGACGGAGGAGAGUGCUGAAGGGGAUUGGAGAAGGAAUAUCUUUACCGAGGAGAAGAGAAGCAGGCAUAGAGCAUGGAGGGGGAGGAGGAGGCCUGUGGGGCAUGUGGAUAUGGGGUUCUUUUAA